CGUGUGAGGGAUGGAGGGGGAUGGGCAGGGGCCAUCAGGGAAGAAGUCUCCGGCCUUUCCACGUCUCUCAACACCAUCCCUCCGCCACCCCGCCUCCUCCUUCCCCGAAUCCUAAACAAGCCCAGGAGUGAAGGGGGGUGGUCUGGGGAGGAAAGAGGGGCCCUGGGUUGGGCCUGGCCCCGGCUGGGAGGCUUGGCCUUUAUGGCUCUGUCCUCGACGGUGGUGGGGAAAGCCAGAGGGGGCGGGGAAGCGGGCCUGAGACCCUCAGCCGGGGCUUGACCCCCAGGUGCAUUGUCCAGCGAGGCCCGUCCCCUCCCCCCGGGGCCACGACCCGGCCGCUACGGGGCCCCCUCCUAGCGAGCGUCUCCCUCCGCGGCCGCACCGACCUCGCGGUCCUUAGACCAGGGGCCAGAUGUAGAAAGUAGUCCCCAGGCCAGCAGCAGCGGCGCUGUCCACUCCACCGCCCCCGCCCCCUCCAGCCGUCGCCUCACUCCGCCCCCGGGCCGGACGCUCGAGCCCCCCGCCUCCUGCGAGCGGGUGUCCGUGCGCCGGCCUCGCGCUCCCGCAGAGAGCAGACACCGGCCGCGCCACGCCACGCCGGUACCCGAGCGGGAAACGCACGCUGCGUGUGUCCAGCCGCCGCGCGAAGAGGGCUCGGAGUUGGGGGCUGGCAGGCGGACAGCUGCAGAGGGACGCCGGGGGAGCAUGCCCGCGCAGCCCCGCUGAAUGGCGCCUUCCCUGCGACCCCUCGCUCGGCCGCGGCCGCCAGGGAUGCUGCUCGGCGCGCUCCUGCUCCUGCCGCUCCUCGGCCGCGUACCAGGAGUAUGGUGCUUUAGCGAACUGGUUUUUAUAAAAGAACCACAGGAUAUAACUGUUACAAGAAAGGAUCCAGUCGUUUUAGAUUGCCAGGCUCAUGGAGAAGUUCCUAUUAAGGUCACUUGGUUGAAAAAUGGAGCCAAAGUGUCUGAAAAUAAGCGGAUCCAGGUUCUGUCCAACGGCUCUUUAUACAUCAGUGAGGUGGAAGGCAAGCGAGGAGAGCAGUAUGAUGAAGGAUUUUAUCAGUGCUUGGCCAUGAACAGACAUGGAGCCAUUCUUAGUCAAAAAGCUCAUCUUACUUUAUCAACUAUUUCUGCAUUUGAAGUUCAGCCAAUUUCUAUUGAGGUCCGAGAAGGUGGAGUUGCUAGAUUUGCAUGCAAGAUUUCAUCAAACCCUCCUGCGGCCAUAACAUGGGAAUUAAAUCGGACAACUCUAUCUGUAACUAUGGACAGUGACAGGAUAACUGCCCUGCCAACAGGAGUACUGCAGAUAUAUGAUGUUGACCAGAGGGAUGCUGGAAAUUACCGUUGUGUUGCUGCUACUAUAGCCCACAGACGUAAAAGUAUGGAGGCCUCUCUCACAGUGAUUCCAGGUAAGGAGUCUAAGUCGUUCCACACACCGACCAUUGUAGCAGGUCCACAAAACAUAACAACAUCCCUUCAUCAGACUGUUGUUUUAGAAUGUGUGGCCACAGGAAAUCCCAAACCAAUCAUUUCUUGGAGCCGUCUUGAUCACAAGUCCAUUGAUGUCUUUAAUACUCGGGUACUUGGAAACGGUAACCUCAUGAUAUCUGACAUCAGGCUGCAACAUGCUGGAGUGUAUGUUUGUCGGGCCACUACCCCAGGCACACGCAACUUUACAGUUGCCAUGGCAACUUUAACUGUAUUGGCUCCUCCUUCAUUUGUUGAAUGGCCAGAAAGUUUAACGAGGCCUCGAGCUGGUACUGCUCGAUUUGUAUGUCAGGCAGAAGGAAUACCCUCACCCAAAAUGUCAUGGUUGAAAAAUGGAAGGAAGAUACAUUCAAAUGGUAGAAUUAAAAUGUACAACAGUAAAUUGGUAAUUAACCAGAUUAUUCCUGAAGAUGAUGCUAUUUAUCAGUGCAUGGCUGAGAACAGCCAAGGAUCAAUUUUAUCAAGAGCCAGACUGACUGUAGUAAUGUCAGAAGACAGACCCAGUGCUCCCUAUAAUGUGCAUGCUGAAACCAUGUCGAGUUCAGCCAUCCUUUUAGCUUGGGAGAGGCCACUUUACAAUUCAGACAAAGUCAUCGCUUAUUCUGUACACUACAUGAAAGCAGAAGGUUUAAAUAAUGAGGAGUAUCAAGUAGUCAUUGGAAACGACACCACUCAUUAUAUUAUUGAUGACUUGGAACCUGCCAGCAAUUAUACUUUCUACAUUGUGGCAUAUAUGCCAAUGGGGGCCAGUCAGAUGUCCGACCAUGUGAUACAGAACACUUUAGAGGAUGUUCCCCUGAGACCUCCUGAAAUUAGUUUGACAAGUCGAAGUCCCACUGAUAUCCUCGUCUCCUGGCUGCCCAUCCCAGCCAAGUACCGGCGGGGCCAGGUGGUCCUCUACCGCCUCUCCUUCCGCCUGAGCACUGAAAACUCCAUCCAAGUUCUGGAGCUCCCAGGGACCACUCAUGAGCACCUCUUGGAAGGCCUGAAACCUGAUAGUGUCUACCUGGUGAGGAUUACUGCUGCCACCAGAGUGGGGCUGGGAGAGUCUUCAGUGUGGACCUCACACAGGACACCCAAAGCUACAAGUGUGAAAGCCCCUAAAUCUCCAGAGUUACAUUUGGAACCUCUGAACUGUACCACCAUUUCUGUGAAGUGGCAGCAAGAUGCUGAGGAUACAGCAACCAUUCAAGGCUACAAGCUGUACUACAAAGAGGAGGGGCAGCAGGAGCACGGACCCAUUUUCUUAGAUACCAGUGGCCUUCUCUACACUCUCAGUGGUUUAGACCCGAGAAGAAAGUAUCAUGUGAGGCUGCUGGGUUACAACAGCAUAGAAGAUGGCUACCAGGCGGAUCAGACAGUUAGCACACCGGGAUGCGUGUCUGUUCGUGACCGCAUGGUUCCUCCUCCACCACCACCCCACCAUCUCUAUGCGAAGGCUAACACCUCAUCUUCCAUCUUUCUGCAUUGGAGGAGGCCUGCAUUCACCACUGCACAGAUGAUUAACUACACCAUCCGCUGUAACCCUGUUGGCCUGCAGAAUGCUUCUUUGGUUCUGUACCUUCAAACAUCAGAAACUCACAUGUUGGUUCAAGGUCUAGAACCAAACACCAAAUAUGAAUUUGCUGUUCGACUGCAUGUGGAUCAACUUUCCAGUCCCUGGAGCCCUGUUGUCUACCACUCUACACUUCCGGAAGCACCAGCAGGCCCACCAGUUGGAGUGAAAGUGACGUUGAUAGAGGACGACACUGCUCUGGUUUCAUGGAGACCUCCUGAUGGGCCAGAGACAGUUGUGACGCGCUAUACUAUAUUGUAUGCAUCCAGGAAGGCCUGGAUUGCAGGGGAGUGGCAGGUCCUCCAUCGAGAAGGAGCAAUAACCAUGGCUCUGCUGGAAAACCUGGUGGCAGGAAAUAUAUACAUUGUCAAGAUAUCUGCAUCCAAUGAGGUAGGAGAAGGACCCUUUUCAAAUUCUGUGGAGCUGGCAGUUCUUCCAAAGGAAACUCCUGAGUCAAAUCAGAGGCCCAAGCGUUUAGAUUCUGCUGAUGCCAAAGUUUAUUCAGGCUAUUACCAUCUGGACCAAAAAUCAAUGACUGGCAUUGCUGUAGGUGUUGGCAUAGCCUUGACCUGCAUCCUCAUCUGUGGUCUCAUCUUGAUAUACCGGAGUAAAGCCAGGAAAUCAACUGUCUCCAAGACAGGCCAGAAUGGAACUCAGCAGUUACCUCGUAUCAGUGCCUCCCGAGCCAGUGGAAAUGACGUGGGGAAGAACCUGGAAGGAGCCAUAGAAAACGAAGAGUCAUUGAUGCCAAUGAUCAUGCCAAAUAGCUUUAUUGAUGCCAAGGGAGGAACUGACCUGAUAAUUAAUAGCUAUGGUCCUAUAAUUAAAAACACCCCUAAGAAAAAAUGGCUCUUUUUCCAAGAUUCUAAGAAGAUAAAAGCUGAGCAGCCUCAAAGAAGAUUUACUCAAGCGGUCUGCCUUUACCAGCCAGGCACUACCAUACUAAUCAGCGAUGAAGACUCCCCCAGCUCCCCAGGUCAGACAGCCAGCUUCCCAAGACCCUUUGUUGUUGCAGCUGAUACUGAGCAUUCAGCCAACAGUGAAGGCAGCCACGAAACUGGGGAUUCUGGAAGGUUCUCCCAUGAGUCCAACGAUGAAAUACACCUGUCCUCAGUUAUAAGUACCACACCCCUAACCCCAAGUUCCUUCACCGGCAGCGAUUUGGGUGGGGACCCCUUGGUGAGAAAGUGUGAAGAGACUGCAGUGCGGUCGGGUGCUGAGCAAACUUCCUCUUCAGUUUCUCAGCCAGCCCCUGCCAGGCUUUGCUUUGAGAAAAAGGAUUUUCCAAUCUAGACAGCCACAUCCAGGUAUUCUCACCUUUAAGUCUGUUCGAAGGACAAUGAACAGGGAGCCAAAGCCUUUUGUGAAACUCUUGGUAUCUUGGUAUCUUAUUGGGUAUCUCACCUUUUUUGAAUGUUUUUUUUUUUUUUUAAAUCUUUAAGCUCACGUAUUUUGAAUGUUUCAUUGUCAGCAAUGUGAAAAGACAGUCAAGGUGUUUGACUGGAUUAUAAAAUAUAUCACUGGAGCAAAGGGAAGACUUUUGAAAGCCCCUUUGCUGACUAUCUACCUCAGUUUGCCAGAGGGCAAACUCAGAAGACAACUUGGUUACCUCAUUCGUUGUGGUAGUUAAUCUCAGCUGCAUAAACGAUGAUACUUCCUAGUAGCGUUUUGUUUUCAGUUGCUGUAUGUGUCAUGUGUGUGAUCCAAGGAGUCAUAUAGGUAGGUGAGUAAGAAUGUUUAUUUGAAGCUCUGAGUUAAAGCAAUAACAAGAAACUGACCUCUGCAUGGGGUUUGGAUCAUUUAACACCUUUAGCUAUGAGGACUGAAACCACUGAGAAGAGAAAAGUGGGCUGUUGACUCUACUGAAUGACCAGCACAGAAAAAAGUCUAUCUCUUCUGAGAACAGAACUGUUCAGUAGCAUACAGGGGACCCUCUUAUAUCAAGGGCUUCUGUGUUGUGGGCAUUAGAGUCCGAGUGCUUUAUCUGCUGUGUCCCACACCUCAGCCUGCCUGGAAGCCGUGCCUUUUCAACCUGUUCCUUUGCCUGACGGUUGGCCAAAGUCUGCACUGUCUUAGUUUGCAAAGCAUCCUCAACAUUUUCAGAAUUAGUUGCAAAAGGCCUUGCAGAAAACAGAUUUUUAAAGAAAAUAAGUUAGAGUUUGUGGUUUUCUUUUGUAUAAAUCCCAGCUUGGUGACCCAGGUCUCCUGCAUUGCAGGCGGAUCCUUUAGCAUCUGAGCCACCAGGGAAGCCCAAGAGGGGUAAAAAAAAAAAAGUUUCAUUAAAUAUUAAUAAUGAGGAUAAAUGCAACAGUAGACAGUAAAAUGAACUUGAGGUUAUCACGGCAACAGUGCCUUCCAUUAUAUAUUACGAAGUUCUUUGCCUUAUACUUUUUUAAUAUUCAUGAAGUUGUUCAGGAUAAGAGUACCAAAAGUUGCCUUAAGAGUUUCUUGGAUUUCAUCAAUAACUGUUUUAAUGUACAGUAUUUUAUAAAAGUAUUUGGGUUUGUUUUCAUACAGGUUUUGUUUAGGGAUAAGUAUUCUGAGCUCUACUAACUUGUUUGUAUUUUCUUGAAUUCUUAAGAGAAUUUGGUACUCUGUUUAAUCUUCCUUCAGUGUUGAUGCUGUGAAGGAGGAAUGCUAACUCCAGUAGUAAGUUAAUCCUCUUGCUGGUUUGAAAUCCAUAAACUGUUUACUUAGCCACACAGAUAGGCCUUCUCUGAGUUUUAAGACGGUUACCUAUUAGGUGCCCAGCAGUGGGAGAUGAAAAAGAAUUAAACCCAUGGUGUAGAGAGGGGAUCCCCUUAUCCUUUAAAAAAUAUUUCUUCAAAUUAUCUGGAACUGACUUUUGAGCCUCUUUUUAAAAGGAAUCUUUACCCUCCUUGAAACCUUUGUUUAUAGACUGGGAUGAGGUCAUGUUAAAUGGUGUUCUAAAGACAAAAAAUAUUAUUGGAUAAUAGUCCCAUCUCUGUCAUCUUCUUUCCCAGUAUCUGGUGAUACAACAUUUUUUGGUUGUUUUUCAAUCUGUAGUUUUGUGCCAAAUUCAAUGUGCUCAGAAGCAGACCACCAUUAAGUGCCAGUUAAUGCAGUUCUGAACUAAAUUCACAGUCCUCCAUUUAGUUAUCUAAGUAUGGGCUUCGUGGCGAAACAAAAAAGCAGAGCUUUAGGUGAACAAUCUGAGGCAAGGAAAAAUGCUGCUCCUGCCUUUAUAGCUCCUGUUUAUACUACCUCCUUUUAAAGUUAUUCUAGUGUUAUUUUUUUUUUCCUGUACUCAGGGAAUAUUUUGUUACUUUUGAGCUGCCUCAUGGAAGCAUGGGCAAAUUGACAGGGUAUAUCUUUGUGGGCUUGUAAGUAGAAAGUAUGUGGGGCCAACUUUUAUCAGUAUCUAAAACGAAGGCGUACAAUGAGUUCAUUUUAUUUUUUUUAAACUUUUGUUAAAAGGCAAACAAAAUCUAUAAAGUUGAAACAUCAUCCAUCCUGUUUAGGAGGCUAUUCAUUUGAGUCAUUUUAAAAGCCUAAAAUUGAUAAUUUGAAGUCUUUAAGGAAAGUAUUUUUUUGUUUUUGAUGAAUAGGCCCAUAGUUAUUGUAGAUCUUUAGGCUGUAACUAUUUGCUAAUUAUUUACCAGUAUGUUUUUUACUCUUUCACCUUUUCAUUUUGUUCUUGUAUAAGAUUUUUUCAUAAUAAUCUUGUUACCAAAGAAGUUUCAGUAGAGAGUGAAAAUUCAACUAUGAUUUCCCUCCAAAUUGAAUUAACUAGAAACAUCUAUAGGUAUGAAGCUUAUACAAGUAGUUACUAACCCAGAAUAAUAGGGGAUAUAUUGAUCGUUAUAGUUAAUUAGACUAGUAAUUUUAACUACCUUAUUGUUACCAGAGCAUUUAAAAGUUCUUCACCAGCAGAUAGUUCCAAAGAAUUUCAAGUGUAAUUUUUUUUCUUCAGCAAGUAAAUCUUCAGCUAUACAGUAUUAUGGUAUUUUGAAAUUGUUGAAACUACUUGUUGGAGAGGAAAAAAAAUCUUUUCACCAAAGACAAAUAUUUUAGUAUCAUUGAAUAAGAUAUUUAGUAUACACCAAAGACUUCCUUUUACUUGGCCAAAGCUAGCUUCUUUGAAGUCUUAAGUAUGAAAUUGUAACUGAAAUGUGAAGGUUCUCAUUCAUCUUUCACAGUGGUGUUACUUCAUCGUGUUUCACUCUGAAGGAGCUAAUAUGCAAAUAGUAACUAUUUUCUUUUCCAAAGACUUAUUUGCUAUAAGUACUAAUACAUGCAUGUCAUUUUUAUGCCAAAUAUUACAAGAUUCUGCUCAUCAGUAUUUUCGUACCAAAGACCAUUUAAGUAUAUAGAUUAGCCUGUAAGUAAGUAAAGAUGAGCAGAUUUGAGAUAAAUUUAUUUAGAGGCUGAUAGAGACUCUAGCUUUAGUAGCAAAGGGUAUCAAAGGGCUAAGUUUACAUAAUUAAAAGCAAUACAGUUAUAUUGGUAUUUAUCAGUGUUUUAAUUCAUGUGCUUUUUAUCAGCAAGUUUUUAAAAAACCAAAGAUAAAUUUAAGGUUUCCUCCACAUAUAGGCAGAUUUAGUUGUACAUUUAACUGUUGUUUCUUGUUUCUAUGUCAACCAAACUUUUUUCUCCAGAACUCAGUCUGUAUACAAACAGCAUACAAAGGGACUUUCCAUUGAAUCUGCUGAUUCAACCACAGGAUGUUUUUGCCAAAUGAUGUGAUACUUUCCUAAGCACCUUGAGUGUGGGAUGUCAACAGAAAUAUCAGCAGGCUCUUCCAUUGCGGGGCAUUGUGGCAACCCCUGAAUCAGCCUGUGUAGCCUUCCUCCUGCUUAAAGCAUUACCUGGUUUACUCUGAAGGCUUGAGGCAGUCACUUAAUAACAAGGAUGUUCUCAUGUCUGGGGAGCAAUGGGAUAUAACAAGGAAAUGAAUCAUUUCAAUUUUCAAGUGGCUGUUCUUUGAUAGAUGUGCUCUUUGAAGUUGUUCGUAAAUUGACAUAUUUUAAUUGCAGCAAGGGAGCUUGCUAUUUCAAACUUCAGUGGAACCAUGGGUAAAACAAAUAUCUUGUUCAUGAAAUACAGAGCUUUAUAUUUUGAUUAGCUUAAAAGUAAGGACACAACUUUAUCCACUAAGUGGCUUUAAAAAAUUAGCUUUGGCACAUCAGGGAAAUUAGAUCCUUGGGGAAGUGCUUUUUAUUUGCCUUAGCUUCAAACAAGAGUGGUGCCAACCUUGGGAACAGUGACAGUGAUUUGCAUUGGUUUGUCUUGGCUUUGUUAAGGACAUCGUGCUUGCCCAUGUUGAUGACUCAGGGUCAUUGUUCAGGUCCAUGAAGACACCUUUGGAGACAAUUGAGUCUCACAAAAAAGAUGGAUUUUAAAGGUUUUUUUUUUUAAUGCUAGAAUAUCCAGAUGUGGUUCCACCUCUGCAGUGGCUGUCAUGAUUCACAUAUACAUUUAUAUUUCAUUGAAUGUAAAAUUUUAAUAGUGAAUGUAAAAAAAAAAAAGUUCCAGAAUAUUGAAAGAGUCAUGAUUUAAGACUAAACAUGUAUUCUGUAGAUUUUGUUUCUGACAGUUUGCCACGUGGGUCUCUGAUAAAACUGCUUUGGUUUAAUGGUCAUAAUUUCUGUGAGCACAGAAUAGAGGGUUCUGGAGAUCACCAAACACAAUCAGUUGUCUAAUUGUGAAUUUUAUUGAUGUUUAGAAGGACACAUACAUAGAAUUGUGUGAAGCUGAUUUAUGCUCAGGAUGUAAGAUUGCAGGCUAAUGCAAUGUGUAUGUUUGUAGGCUUUAAUCUUCUCAGGCGAUUUCCCCUGGUAAGCUUUUGAAAGUGUUUAAGAUUAACAUGACAGUCUUGCAUUUUUACCAGACAAAUACUGUAUUAUUUUCUUGCUACCGCUAUAAUAAAUUACCACAAAGAAGGCCUUAAAGCAACACAGAUUUAUUAUCUUACAGUUCUGUAGGUCAGAAGUCUGACACAGGUCUCAAUGGGAUAAAAUCAAAGUUCAUUUCCUUGUCUUUUCUGGCUUUUAGAAGUUGUAGAUCCCACCCUCUGUCUUCAAAGUCAGCUACAUAGCAGCUCUCUUGACCCACUUCCAUUAACAUAUCUCUUUUUCUGACCCUAACCAGGAAAGGCUCUCGAAUGUUAAGGACUCACUUGAUAAGAUGGGGCCCAUUUGGAUAAACCAGGGUACUCUCUCCAUCUGAAAAUUCUUAACUUAAUCACAUUCUUAGUGUCUUUUUUUGCCCUGUCUGGUAACAUACUCAGAAUCCUGGGAUUUAAGCGUGUACUUCUGUGGGUGGCCAUUAUUUUGCUUACAACAGGUACAUUAUUUCUGUAGAACUCUGAUCCCCAUAAAAUGCCUAUUGCAUUACAGAAAUUGGAAGUGUGAAGUCAUGUGUCCCUUGGGGAUCUUCAGUAUUUCAAAGGUAUGAAAACCUUGGCUUAUCGCCUAUCAAAUGUACACAUUAAGCUUUCUCUAAAUCACUUGCAAAAGCAAUUCAACUUUAAACUUUUUGAAUAUGUGAAUUAACAUCUCAGUUCCAUCUGUUUAACAGCAAAGUUUCCUAAUAUUUGGCUCUAACUUUACGGAAUUUCAUCAGAAAUUUUUGAAACCUGUUCUUAUUAUAGUUGAGCUUUGUCCUUUUCUCUCAAGUGAUUGUUAGGGUAGAGUGGAGGAAAACACCUCAAACAUAGGAAUUCAGGGUAGAUGAACAGAAUUAUGCUCAAAUUCAUUCUUCAUUUUCUUUUAAAAGCAUUUUGCAACAUGCACGCCUUCUGACUUUUAAGUCAGGCUUAUUUCUUCAGCUUCACAAGCCACUGUUUGGUUUUCAAUUUGAUACAGCUUCUUGAUUUUCCAUGAGCCUCAGCUAGAGCCUCCACUUAACCUUAUCAGCAGGUACAACUCCUGGGAAAUUUUAUCUUUCUUGUAAUUCUUCUUUGAUGUCAGUUGUUCCUUUUCCUAGAAAGCUUUAGAUUCCACUGCUGUAGUUUGUUGUGAUUCCUAGGUCAUGUCAAUCAAGCCUUCUUUCAGAUAUGAAGGAUAAUUUAUAAUUCUGUUCUAAGUUUUAGCAUUUCUUCAAUGAACAAGAUAAAGCUUUCUCCUUUAAGAGGUAGAGCCUGUGAUGAUGAGUAAGGUUAAGAGUGCUGGUCAUUUUUCAGCCACUUUUGAUUCUAUUCCUUAGAAAAGGAAGUGCCAUUUACUGAGCAUAUGUGAUGUGCCAUAAACAUGCUUCAGCCAUGCAUAUUGCUACAUCUGCAGAGUAAAUAGUAUCCCCAUUUUAGAGAUCAGGAAGUAGUUUAAAAUGUCUGACUUGCCAAAGAUCACAGCUAGUAUGCUGCUUAGCCAAGACACAAACCCAAGUUGGUCCAACUGCAUCAUUUACAGUAUCUGUACUGUGAUACAUCAUCUCAGCCAAGACAUGAUAUUUAAUUACCUAGGCUUAUGGUACCUUCCACUCUGUCAACACAACCUGUCCACAUAGUCAUAGCCAACCAACAGAGAGAAGUCUGUCUUACUUACAUCCAUAUAUUCACAGGGGUUUAGAGGGGCUAUAACUCACUCUUUGUCAUCUCCUAACCACCCUUCUUUUCUCCUUGAAACCUUCAAUUUCUCUUAGUCAGAACUGAGUGUGAAAGCUGAUAUGGUUUUUUGGGAGCGGUUUUUUGGAGCCCUUAACUAUUCAAGCACUUCUUUAUUAGACUAGGUGUUCAGAAUUAAAUUUUUAUUUUUUGUAAUUUUCCUCUUGUCCCCAAAUCUAAGUAGAAAUUUAUUAACUGGAAAAAGCCAGACCUGUAACCAGUCAUCCCUGUUUUGUUAGAUCUGAAGAGCAUAGGUGUUAUUUGAAUUCAACCUAAUUAAUAUAGGAGGGAGAAAAGUUGAAGGAGAAUCAUAUAGUAGAACAAGUAUAACGUUAGUCUUUGGCACACCUAAAUUCUAGUCCUUGACCAUUUUGAAAAUUGGUAGGAAAAAAAUCCUUAACUCAUUUUUUGUUCCUUUUAUUCCAUACUUUGUUGUGCAGAAUGAAACAGUGGUACUUUGAAAACUUUAAAGUAUAAAUAAUUAGAACCCUAAAGUCAUUUCUAUUCAGCUAUGAAACAUAUCUUAAUAGCUUUUUCUUUCUUUACCUGGCAGCCUUUCCAAUUACAUUUGCCUGUGCUAAAAUGAAAAAUGCUUUCAUUUUCUGUAUACUCACCAAAAAAAAAAACUACCAGAAGAAAGCAGGGGAUAAAAGAUGUAGACAGGGAUUUGAACACUCAUCUUUAAUGUAGGUAAAUCUAUAUGCUGAGCAGGGGGAUUUACAGUGCUUUUGAAAGUACUAAACAUGAAAUUGUCUUACCCUAAUUUAAAUCUUUUAUUUUUUGAUAUCUUGGCUUUUAAAGAAUUAGGGAGAGUGUCAAAUAUCCCCAGAGGGAUAGAUGGGUAAGGACAGAGUGCAUUUUUAGGAUUCUUCUCUAACAGAUCUACUUUUUCAAGAUAAUGGGGCAUUUCCAAAUUUCUUUAAACUGUUUGGAAUAAAUUUUAGGGUAAGACAUACUGGCAUCUAAUUCUAGUUUAUUCAAGUCAACCUUUAAGGCUUAUUGACUAGAAUUACAUGAUUACCUUUUUUUAGAGAAAGAAAAUAUUUUACCUAACUUUCUUGAACCAGCAAAUAUCACUCAGUAUAAUCCAUGAGAUUCUGAACACCUUUCUUGAUUUACUCGUUUGUAUCUUGUAAGUAGUUCAUGGUAUAUAGACAUAGUCUUAAUUUACAGAUUUUAUCUUUAAAAUUUAUGUUACAGAAGUUUGUUUUUAUUUAAAACUAUCAGAACUCAGGACUAUCUUUAAAAAUAACAGCAAAGAAUACUUAAAAAUUUUUACCUGAAACAUUUUUCUCCCUUUUACCACAUUCUUUAUUCUGUUUGCAAAUGAAAAUGAUUACCAAUGAUUUAACAUGAGCCUGUUAAAGAAAUUUGCAAAGCCUUAAUUCACACACAUUGCCUUAGCCUGUCAGUAGACUAGAGGACAUAUAUUAAGUUUGUCUUUCUGUUGCUGUUGUUGGACAAUAUUUUAUGUCUGUGUAUGUGCGAUUUUUUUUUUCUAUUUUCUUCAAAGAUGUGAAUUAAAUGAAAGUGUGGGAGCCAGCUGUAUAUUGUUUCAUGUCAUGGGUGUUCUGGAUCCUUUCACUCUGUAUACCAUUUUCUUGUAAGGGCAGCAUUUGCAGACUAGCUAAUGGACUCUAGAGCUGAGCUAUUUUAAUUUUAUACUUGACUCAGGGGAUCAGCUCUGUGAAUUCCAUUGCAUGAAGAAAGCAAAUGUUUGCCUUGAUUUUGAAUGUACCUUUUUAAUGUCUUCUUAAAACAUAUUUUGCUUAAUAAUGUGGGUUUGUUUUCUUUUUCUAGCAUCAUAGUAAAUAUUGCCUACUACUUUUCCCAUCCUCAGGAUAGUUUAUAUACUACCCUACAGGUCAUGCCAAAAAUGAAUAAAAGUUUAAAUGUCAAAAUGUUUAUGAAACUGCUGUCUAAAUACUGAUUGAUUGCACAGUUUAAAUAAAAUUUUUUCUUAGUUAAUAAAA